AUGCUCGAGUAUAUAUGGGGCACUGGUAGCCAUCAACCGGCACACUCUCAGUCGCUCCGACUCGGGAACCAGGGCAUCAGCGGAGAUAAGGCUUUACUUCGCCCUCUUAGGCUAACUCGCUUUGGGCUUUGGUUCGGGAUGGAAACUUCUUCGAUUUCUCGGAGCCGACGCUGCUCCAUCGUGCGCAGCUGCAAAAGCGGUCUCUCCCUCUGGCUGGUGGUGUGGCUGGUCCUCGGCAAGCCGAGUCCGGCAUCGGCGUGCCCGCGUCUGUGCGUGUGCUACCCGACGCCCAUGACUGUCAGCUGCCAGGCGCAGAACUUCACCGCCGUGCCGGUCGGAGUGCCCUAUGAGUCGCAGCGCGUGUUCCUCCAGAACAACCGGAUCGUGGAGCUCAGAGUUGGCUCUUUCGGCUUCGGGACGCAGGUUCUGUGGCUGUUCUCCAACAACAUCUCGUGGAUUGAGGCAGGGGCCUUCAGUGAGCUGAGGGACUUGGAGGAGUUGGACCUGGGGGACAACCCCAACCUCCACAGGCUGGAGGGGGGAGCCUUCCGCGGACUAGAGAAGCUCCAGAGCCUCCACAUGCACCGCUGCCGCCUCACUGCCCUGCCACAUGACAUUUUCCACAAGCUCUACAGCCUGCAGUUCCUCUAUCUGCAGGAGAAUAAUCUCCACUUCCUGCAGGACGACAUCUUUUCUGACCUCAUCAACCUGAGCCAGCUUUUCCUGCACGGCAACCGUAUCCGGACCCUCUCAGAGAACGUGUUCCGCGGCCUGGUCAACCUCGACCGCCUUCUCCUCCAUGACAACCGCAUCAGGCAGGUGAACCGCCGCGCCUUCCGCGACCUUGGCCGCCUGACCAUGCUCUUCCUCUUCAACAACUCCCUGGCUGAGCUGCCCAGCCAGGCCCUGAGGGACACCCAGGGCAUCGAGUUCCUCCGCCUCAAUGCCAACCCCUGGUCCUGUGGCUGUGAGGCCCGCGCCCUGUGGGAGUGGUUCCGCGAGGCCCGUGUCUCUUCAUCCGAGGUGAUCUGCGCCUCCCCUUCCACCCGCCGCGGCCAGGACCUUCGCUUCCUUCGUGAGAUGGACUUCGCUCUCUGCCCCCUGCCCGACCCAGGCUCCAUCGCUGGCUCCACUACCACCACCUUCAGCACCAAGACCCGCUGGUGGUUCCACAAGAACAAGCCCCAGUCGUCCACGAAAGGCAUCUUUGAGAAAUCCUCAGAGACUGUCAAGGCUGGGUUGUACGGGAAAGGCCCGUCCACAACCACCUCAGUAGUCAAGUACGAGCUGGGCGAGGAAGAGCUGGCGCUGCCCAAACUUGACCCAGAAGAGUACUGGGCAAACUACGGCAACGAAGACUCAGGUGUCACUCUGCGGUGCUUUGAGCUCGAAUGUCCGCCUGAGUUCGACCUGCCUCCAUCUUCCUCCUCUCCCUCAUCCCGCUCAUCCUCUCUCUUCUCACUACUAGCCCUUUUUGUUUUCACCCUCUGCCUCAACCUCCACCUGCUAUUUGGCUGAAUAAGACUCUCAGUACCACUCCCCUGUCCCUCCCAGCCUGUUUUAAAGGCUGUGAGGACCCCUGUUAGACUCUUUACACCCCCUUUGCCCGCUUUGUUGUAAGCCAAUCCUAAAGGCACAGCAAGGGAGAUAGGGGGGCAGUUAGAUUCUGAUUCUGGUUAGGAUCUGCUACUUACAGGGCUUAACACUUUUCAGGGCUGCUAACAGUUCUUCAGCUAAGGUCAUAUAUAAUAUAUCUACAAUACUCUACAGGUAUGGCUUUUUGUGUCUCACCUGUAUGAUGUCACAAUUCCCUGCAAUCAGGGCUAAGAGGGCUGAGUCCACCUCUAAUAUCAAUGCGAUUUGAUAGCAGUUGUGAAUGAUGUUGUCAAUUUUGUCACCAACUUAGCUAAAACUUCUAGUGCUAUUAGUGCAUCCAAUUAACUGGCUGCUACGAAUACUACAAUUACUGUUAGAAUCAGUGCACAGUAAUGACAAUACUGUAACCACUUAAAGUGUCAUGUAAAUAGAUAUGUAUUCUGUAGGUGUUCGAACUGAUAUCUUUGGGUCCAGCACCACCACUUUCAUCUUUAUCCAGGAAAACUGUGACGGCUAGCGCUUCAAUAGGACAGAGCAGGGUGCACCGUGAGACAGAGAGUUUACUAGAGAAAGAAGACAGGGAAAUAUACUGUGAAGCUGGGAGGGAGGGAAUAGAGAGAGAGAGAGAGAGGGAUGCAGGGAUGUCAAAGAAGAAGAAGGAGUGAGAUGAAAAAUGACAGCGAGAAAAGGGGAUGGAAUCUCUAAAGAAACAGGGUUAGAAAGAGGAAGAGAAAAAAGGGAAGAGGAAGGGGUCGACAUUUGUGAGGCAAUAAGACAAGAAGCAGCGAGAGCAAAGUGACACACUAUGAAGGAGAGUGCUGGCAGUAGAAGCAACAACCUGCAGGAGAGAAGUAAUAAAUCCACUCAUUGGUAGUUGUUCAAUCCAUCAUACCAUCCAUCAUUUUUUGUAAAUAUGGUGUUGUUAACGACAACCACAGGGAACGAAUGCUUCUUGUCAGGAAGCCAGAGAUUUUGUUUUUUUGAUGUCUUUCUGUGACAUAUUGAUAUAAUUUGUAAAGAUUGUUGACUUGGAUGCAGAUGAAGAUCUAGAUAGAAAAUAUACUGAAUAUUUCCUGAAUCAUGCUGUCUUUCAUGGUUUUCUUUGGGGCAAUGAAUUACUGAAUAUAUUUUAAAAAGGGGAUUUAAGGCGCACUACACGCUCAUUUUGUUUUUCGAAGGCAAAAGCAACUAACAAAUGUGGGGUAAAAUGAGGAAAAACAAAAAUCCACCAAAAAGUAGCAGAUUGCUGCAGUAUGAAUAAAAUGGACUAAAAGGAUUGACAACAUGGACCUAGUGUCACAGCUAUAGGCAGCUCAGACUGGCUCUUGCUGUCACGGGCAUCUGUGUGUGUGUGUGUGGAUAAAUGAGGAUGAAUGGAUUCACAAGCUGGCAGCACUGCAAAAGGCAACUACGUCAGUACGUUUGUCACUCCACUGACUCAUUUCUGGGCGAUGCCAGAUGGACAGACGAGGUGCAAAUUGGCUGAUUUGUAAAUACACUAAGAGAGCAAUGAGAGAGUCUGGAGCUGGAGAGAGCAGGAGACAAAACUGAUGCACUGACGUGUCGACACACUGAUGGAGAUGAUGUGAAGUGAUAGAGAAGUGGGCUUUAAAGUCAAAGCUAAAGGGAAUUGUUAAUGCCGAGUCUGCAAAACUAAGGAGAAGUGGCAGUAGCCCGAAAAAAGGGAGAAGGAGGAAGUUACCAAAUAUAGGCAUUCACUGGUUCUCCUUCAGCGGUGCUUAUUAAUCCCUCCCUCUUCAAAACAAGUUUCCACAUAGCCGUGGAGGAAGCAAAAUACUAUAGGUGCCAUACUAUAGGCAACGUCUUUCCUCCUAUUUGCGCCGCGUUUUGUUCUAAAGCUCUCUCCAUCUCUCAAGGGCAGAGACAGCAUGGAAGGAGAGGGUCUAUAGCUCCAGUAGAGGUGACGAGGGCAAGGCAAAGAUGUAGGAGGAGUGAAAGAGUAGGAGGUAAAAUUAAGUGAGGGACACACACAGACACACACAUACACACACACACACAC